AUAUGCGACAAAAGAGCCGCAAGCGCAAGAAGCUGGCGGACGAGGAGGACAGCGAGGAGGAGGAGGACCCUAGCACUUUUAGCGUAAAGACCACGUUGCGAGCCGCGGGCCGCAUAAGGCCAUGCAGCGGCUGCUGCGGCGCUGCUACGCCCGCAGCGUCGUGAUGAUUGAUGAGUACUGCACCUCGCAGGUCUGCUACAACUGCGGCCUGCGGGAGCUGCGGAAGAUCCUGCCGCACAACGGCACGCGGCGCUACACUGUUCUGGCCUGCGACGGCUGUGGAACCGUCUGGAAUCGCGAUGCCAACGCGGCGGCGAACAUCCGCCUCAUCACCGCCUGCCUGGAGGAGGGACUGCCGCGGCCUGAGGCGCUCACGCGCCCCAUCCACGGCAGUGGUGGUGGCGGAGCAGGACGACAAGGAGGAGGCCAGCGCGCGCCCUGCACCCGUGCGGCGCCAGGACCGGCGGCGGCGGCAACCGCCGCUGCGGCUGCCGCGGAUGCUGAUGCUGCGGUGCAGGGCGGCGGCGCCUACGGCUAGUCUGAGAUUAUGACGCGUGGGUAUGGACCAGCGUGGGUGACAAGCAUACGGGAUGACAAGCAGGGCUGGGUGACCACCAGCGUGGGUGACAAGCAGGGCUGGGUGACCAGCGUGGGUGACAGGGCUGGGUGGCAGGGCUGGGUGACCAGCGUGGGUGACCAGCGUGGGUGACAAGCAGGGCUGGGUGACCACCAGCGUGGGUGACAAGCAGGGCUGGGUGACCAGCAGGGCUGGGUUACAAGCGUGGGUGACAAGCAGGGCUGGGUGUGAAACAGUAUUGGUGUGUCUUGUCUUGUUACUGACAUGCGUGGAUACAGCACAACGCUCGCGGGACUACGCUGUUCUGGCCUGCCCUGGUUGUAGAACCGCCUGGAAUCGCGAUGCAAGUGCUGCUGUUGUGCGGUAGUGUCGUGCGGUUGAGGUAGCUAGUUGAGUAGUUGCGUAUUCGCCGUCCAGACAAUGUCUGUCGACGAGGGGAGGCCCCCUUACGGGGGCCGGUAGCCCCCUUACGCCUGCCCUAUCAGUGGCCUCCGGGCCCAAACGCAUCGGGUGUGAGGUGGCCUGUGCUUCGGCUGCGGUCGGGGUGCACGGCUGCUCCAUGCGGGGGCUGGGCGCGGCGCCUGUGCUUAGGCGGGACUGACGUGGCCAUAUAAGGUGUUGUGCACUGGGGUGGCCUCCGAUGACCCAUUCAACCCGUGCCAGGCAAUUGCCGCGGGAAGUGUAAGGUGAACCUGGUGACCAGCGGUCUGGGCUGUGACACGGACAACAUCGUGAAGGAGGUUGAGCGCCUGGUGAAGGUGGAGAAGGUGAGCGGGCGGGGGUCUUGAGCUAAGAGGUCAAGCGGACCCUAAGAGAACGGCAAGGCGAGGUGGGGAGGAAGGCAAGUCGUGUCGGACAGGGUUUCCAGGGGUGCUUGCCCAAACCCGCACGUAUGUGUCAAAUGUGCAAGAAAGUUGUCUUGACAGCAGAGUGCGUCAUGUGUUGGGAUACAAUCUGUACUGCACGUUCCCAAACAGGUUUUGGCCAUCAUCGGCCCAGUGUGCUCU